AUGGCCCUUCUGUAUAUUUGCCAUACGCAGAUGACCCACAGAAAUAAGAAACGAAAGGAAAUUUUGAAUGCUGCAAAUCGAUACAAAUCACAAACAAACUGGAUGGGACCACUGAGACAACGAGUGCCGAAGGGGCAUAUGGAAAGGAAUUGCCCAGUUCCGAGUAAACUAUGUUUUCACAAUUCAGCAGAAUGUGUUGAUCAUCACAAAAACAAUUGUAUUACUGUGCUGGAUGCUAAAUACGAUAACAGAGUGGAGUCGCAGAUCGUUCUUGAGCUUUCGGUUCUCUCUGGAUCAAUAACCAAGGAAGAACUGGGAUCCACAGUUACAACCAACUCAUGA